AUGCGAGAAAUUGAUCCAUUAUUUCAAGCGAUGAGCUAUUUUCGUCGUCGAAAAUUUGAAGAAUGUGUUGAAGUAACAACAACACUAUUAGAAAAGAAUCCAAAUGAUCAAGUUGCAUGGUUACUUAAAAUGCGUGCUUUAACUGAACAACUUUAUGUUGAUGAAACUGAAGUUGCUGAUGAUGGUCUUGCUGAUAUGUUAGAUGAUAAUGCUUUUCAACAAGUACCUAUGCCUGGCACAUCAUUUCGACAACCAACAGCUAAUCCAAAUAAUGCAAUGAGUGGACCAAGUCCAGCAAUGAGACCUAUGACUAUGUCAGGUCGACCAAUAACUGGUAUGCUUCGAUUAAAUACUCAAUCAACACAAGGUGGUAAAACUAUGGAAAGUGUAUUAAAAACUGCUCGUACAGCAGCUACAGCAAGACCAGUAACAACAGCUACUGGUCGUUUUGUACGACUUGGAACUGCUUCAAUGUUAAGUACACCUGAUGGUCCAUUUAUUCAAGUAGGUCGACUUAAUUUACCUAAAUAUGCAAAAAAUCAAGCUUUAUCACGAUCUUUAUUUGAACAUUUAUUUCAUCAUGCAAAUGAUGUUCGAACGGCUCUUCAAUUAGCUACACAUGCCAAUGAAUUAUAUCAAAAUAAAGAUUGGUGGUGGUUAGUACAACUUGGUAAAUGUUAUCAUCGUCUAGAUAUGCUUCGUGAUAGUGAAAAACAAUAUCUUCUUUCAUUAGAAAUUCAACCUAUGGUUGAUACAUAUUUAUAUUUAGCUAAACUAUAUAUUCGUCUUGAUCAACCAUUAUUAUCAAUAACUAAACUUACAGAAGGUUUAGAAAAAUUUCCUCAUGAACCAUGUUUAAUUCAAGCUAUUGCACGUAUUCAUGAGGGUCUUAAUGAUAUGACACAAAGUAUCGAAUAUUAUCGACAAGUACUUAAAUUAGAUAAUACUAAUAUUGAAGCUAUAGCAUGUAUAGCUGCAAAUCAUUUUUAUAAUGAACAACCUGAAAUAUCAUUAAAAUUUUAUCGUCGUCUUUUACAAAUGGGUGUAACAACAGCAUCAAUAUUUACAAAUAUAGCAUUAUGUUGUUUUCAUGCACAACAAUAUGAUAUGAUUGUUGCUUGUUUUUUAAAAGCAUUAGCAUGUGCUAUAACAGAUGAUGAACGUGCUGAAAUUUGGUAUAAUAUUGGUGAAAUGGCAUUAUAUACAGCAGAUAUUAGUCUUGCUAUACAAUGUUUUCGUUUAGCACUUGUUCAUAAUAAUGAUCAUGCAGAAGCAUAUAACAAUUUAGGUUUAGUUGAAUUACAAAGAGAAAAUAAUGAAACAGGUGAAAUUUAUUUACAAACAGCUCAAAGUCUUGCACCACAUAUGUUUGAACCAUAUUUUAAUUAUGGUAAAGCAAUGUAUCAGCAAGGUGAUUUACAAAAUAGUUUUCGUGCUAUUAAAAGUUCACUUGAUAUAUAUAAAAAUCAUUCAGAUUCAAAACAUAUUUAUGAUGAAUUAAGAAAAAUGUUUUCUGAACUUUGA